GCUUGCGAUAUGCCGAGGUGGGCCAUACGUCCAGCAAUUUGCCAUAGCAGUACCCCUUAAGUGAGCGACAGAACGAUGGCUUGCACUCUUCCCCGUCACUGUCAAACGUUGCGGGCAGCGGGCGCUUGUAAUAAACAUCCAGAGCCGUUGCACUGACUUGUUGAUCUCGGGACGGAAGACUAUCAUGACUCUGUCCACGAUCUGGCUCACAGCCGUUUUGGCUGCUUCGACAAGCGCUGCAUCUUCACUGACUCGUCGAGCCCUCGAUGUGCUCGUCGAGACUGACCUGGAGGUCGUCACCCCAUCCGUCAGGAAUCUGUUCACCCAGGGCCUGAACACUACCGACCCCAAGAAUGAGACUUCCCGUUGCAAGGUAUAUCCAGGGGAUGCCGCCUGGCCAUCCGACGAGGCAUGGGAACAGCUGAAUGAGUUGACUGGCAACCGCCUGAUCUCAAGACCUACGCCUCUUGCUGCCGUAUGUUAUCCUGCUCACCCAGACUACGAUGCCGCGCAGUGUGCGACCUACUCGGCGACGUGGACUCAGUCGUACACGCACAUGAACGACCCAAUCGAGAUGAUGUCUCCAGUCGCUCAAGGCAUGACCUGCACAGCACCAGUCAUCUUUGACAGCCACAACUGCACCCGCGGAGGAUUCCCGGCCUAUGUUGUUAACGCCACCGAGCCAAAGCAUGUCCAGCUUGCGGUCAACUUUGCCAGGAACUCGGGUGUACGACUCAUCGUCAAAAACACCGGCCACGACUUCCUUGGCAAGAGCGGCGGUAAGGACGCCCUGAGCAUCUGGACACACUACAUGAAAGAUAUUGAGUAUAUCGAGGAAUACGCGGAUGAAGAGCUUGGCUACACUGGCCCAGCAUUCAAGACCGGCACAGGCGUGCAAGCUUUUGAAAUUUACAAGGCUGCAGAUGAAAAAGGACGUGUGGUUGUUGGCGGAGAGGGCGAGACUGUUGGCGUCAUGGGAGGCUACAUCCAAGGAGGUAAGUGCGACUUGCAUCUAGACUUCGCAAUACUAACGACAGCAGGUGGUCAUUCUCCAUUGACCGGUCUUUACGGUACUGGCGCAGACAACGUGCUUGCGUUUGAGGUCGUCACUGCAGAUGGCGAAUUUGUGGUCGCCAACUCGACCUCGCACACUGAUCUUUUCUGGGCACUUCGCGGCGGCGGCGGCAGCACCUUUGGCGUUGCGACCUCAGUCACUGUCAAGGCACACCCCGAUCUCCCCGUCACCGCCUCCCGCUUCAGCAUCUCCUCCAAGCAGACAGGCAACGAGACGUUCUGGGCCGCCAUCCGCUCCUAUCUCGACAUCAACAUUGCGAACGCCGAUGCCGGGACCUACACGUACUGGAUGAUCAUCCCCUCCAAUGGAUCCUUCACCUUCCAAUUCUCACCCUUCUUCGCGCCCAACAAGACCCUCGACGAAACCACUGCCCUGCUGCAACCCUGGUUCACCAAGCUCGACAGCCUGAACGUCACCUACGCCCCGAACCUCACCUACUUCUCCACCUUUUAUGAGGCCUGGCGCUCGUCGUUCCCGCUCGAGUCGGUGCAAAAAGCCAACGUCGCAACGGGCUCACGUCUCUUCCCGCGCGCCAACUUCGAGACGACAGAGAAGCGACAGGAGCUGUACGAAAACAUCCGCGAGUCGAGCGAGAAGGGCCGCGUGCAGGUCCACUUUAACAUGCAGGCCAAGUCUACCGCUGACAACGCGGUGAACUCGCACUGGCGCCCGCUUGUGUCGUUCUCGAUGCAGUCUGUGCGCUGGCCGAUCAACAGCACCGCGGAGGAGAUUCUGCGGCUGAGGAAGGAGUUUCAGGCGGUCGAUAUGCAGAGGUGGAGGGACAUUAGUCCGGGCGCGGGGAGCUACCUGGCCGAGGCUGACAGGCUGGAACCAGACUUUGGACAGGCGUUCUGGGGUGAUAAGUACCCAAGGCUGUUGGAGCUGAAGAGCAAGCUAGACCCGAAGGACGUGUUCUUUGCGACCACAGGUGUUGGCAGCGAGAGGUGGAGGGUCGAGAGUGAGGACGGGCUGCCGAAUGAGAACGGCAAGCUGUGUCGCGUGGAGUGAGAUUCUUUACGAUUUGAGUUUAUUCUAGUUUGCAUAUUGGGUAUCAUUGCUCGUCUUUUGAGAAUCGAACAACCCCGUUCCA